UCUUGUUUUCCAUUGGUGGCUUUCUCCCUUUCUAAACAGUCAUGUACCUAUGGCAUUAAAAUGAAACAAAGGAAAAAACCUUACAAUCAAUAACAGCAAUAAUGUAGAAUCAUCACUGACUCUUCUGUGUUAUCUAUGGAAGAUAAAACAGCAGAGAUUGUAACAAGCAAUACAAUCUUUGACAAAAUCAAGGGUGAGCACACUGUAUCUUCUUUAUCCACAAGCAGGUGUUUGUCAUUGUUUCAUCACAGCUGUUUUAGUUGGAGUUGUUUUAUCUCUUAAAAGAAAACAACUUACAAUCUUACAACACAGAAAAGUAGUAUUUGACUGUCUUAGAUUGCACUGCAAGAUGUAACCAGGUGUAUUCUAUCAACAUCUGUUAAAACCAGGUGGGGCAGUUUUCCUUUAUCUCUUGCAUGACCCAUCCUCCCUCCAGGAGAUAUCUUCUGUUAAUGGCCCAUUUAGCCUCCCUGCAUGACUGAUAAGAUUUCAUCAUCCCAUUGGGAGAUGCUCUGCCCAGGGGGAGGAGCCAGGCAUUCCCUCCUGGAUAUAAUCUGAACCCUGGAGCCCACAGGCAGCCUUUUUCCACUGGAUUCCCAGAGGAAGACUGGACACUUCUACGCCAGCACUGGAUCUUCAGAGGGAAACUCUACCCUUCUACAGGAUCGGUGCUACAACAGAACCACACCUGUCAUGCCAGGAGGACUGCAGCCACUGUUUAUUUAGACUGCUGCCAGCACCCUGACUGACAGGGUGUCAGGUUGUAUUCUGACUUGUCUGCUUGAGCAGUAAAAUUUUUUUUUUUGUGAGCGAAUUAUCUCUAAACUUUAAAGAACUGCUGCAGAUAAAAUUCAAGGUUAUAGGAUCUAGUUAAGAACUUAAAAUUAAUUGCUGCAAAUAACCUUGGGAGAAGAGGAGAGCCACGGGCCAGGGCAGCAAGAUGGCAUCUAUGGAGGCUGGGAAGCAGCACACCUCCAGAGUGGCAAAGGUGAAAAACAAGGCACCAGCUGAAGUUCAGAUCACAGCAGAGCAGCUUCUGAGAGAGGCAAAGGAGAGGGAACUCGAGCUUCUCCCACCACCUCUGCAGCAGAAGAUCACAGAUGUUGAAGAGCUAAAUGACUAUAAACUCCGGAAGAGGAAGACUUUUGAAGAUAACAUAAGAAAGAACAGGACUGUUAUCAGUAACUGGAUAAAGUACGCACAAUGGGAGGAAAACCUGCAGGAAAUCCAGAGAGCCCGUUCCAUUUACGAGCGUGCCCUGGAUGUGGACUACAGGAAUGUCACCCUCUGGCUGAAAUAUGCUGAGAUGGAGAUGAAGAACCACCAGGUCAACCACGCCAGGAACAUCUGGGACCGGGCCAUCACCAUCUUGCCCAGGGUGAACCAGUUCUGGUACAAGUACACAUACAUGGAGGAGAUGCUGGGGAAUGUUGCUGGGUCACGGCAGGUGUUUGAACGGUGGAUGGAGUGGCAGCCAGAGGAGCAAGCCUGGCAUUCCUACAUCAACUUUGAGCUCAGAUACAAGGAGGUGGACAGAACACGAAGCAUUUUCGAGAGAUUUGUCCUUGUUCACCCCAAUGUGAAGAACUGGAUCAAGUAUGCGUGUUUCGAAGAGAAGCACAGCUACUUAGCCCAUGCCAGAAAGGUGUAUGAAAGGGCAGUGGAGUUCAUUGGGGAGGAGCACAUGGAUGAGCGCUUGUAUGUGGCAUUUGCCAAGUUUGAGGAGAACCAGAAAGAAUUUGAAAGAGUGAGGGUUAUCUACAAGUAUUCCUUGGAUAGAAUUCCAAAGCAGGAUGCCCAGGAUCUCCUCAAGAAUUACGCCAUCUUUGAGAAGAAGUUUGGAGACAGGAGGGGAAUUGAGGAUGUCAUUGUCAGCAAGAGGAGGUUCCAGUAUGAGGAGGAGGUGAAGGCAAACCCCCACAACUACGAUGCAUGGUUUGGCUACCUGCGGCUGGUGGAGAGCGACACAGACACGGAGACCGUGCGGGAGGUGUAUGAGAGAGCCAUUGCCAACAUGCCCCCCAUCCAGGAGAAACGCCACUGGAAGAGGUACAUCUACCUCUGGAUUAACUAUGCACUCUAUGAGGAGCUGGAGGCAAAGGAUGCAGAGCGAACCAGACAGGUGUACCAGGCAUGCCUCAACCUCCUGCCCCACAAGAAGUUUACAUUUGCCAAAAUGUGGCUGCUGUAUGCACAGUUUGAAAUUCGCCAGGAAAACUUCCUGCUUGCCAGAAGGGCUUUGGGGACAUCCAUAGGUAAAUGUCCAAAACCCAAACUGUUUAAAGGUUACAUUGAGCUGGAGUUACAGCUGCGUGAAUUUGACCGUUGCCGAAAGUUGUGUGAAAAAUUCCUGGAGUUUGCACCAGAAAACUGCACGUCCUGGAUUAAGUUUGCUGAGCUGGAAACCAUCCUUGGGGAUAUCGACCGUGCCCGGGCCAUCUAUGAGCUGGCUAUCGGCCAGCCCUGGCUGGACAUGCCGGAGGUGCUUUGGAAAUCCUACAUUGACUUUGAGAUGGAGCAAGAGGAAUAUGAGAGAACCAGGAGCCUUUACCGGCGGCUGCUGCAGCGCACACAGCACAGCAAGGUGUGGAUCAGCCUGGCCCAGUUCGAGCUGUCGGCGGGGCAGGGGGAGCGGCUGCAGCACUGCCGGCAGAUCUACGAGGAGGCCAACAAGGCCAUGCACAGCUGUGAGGAGAAGGAGGAGAGGGUCAUGCUGCUCGAGUCCUGGAGGAGCUUCGAGGACAAGUUUGGCACCAAUACCACUAAGGAGAGGAUAGAUAAACUGAUGCCUGAGAGAAUAAAGAAGAGGAGAAAGCUGCAGGCCAAAGAUGGAACUGAUGCUGGAUGGGAGGAGUGUUAUGAUUAUAUUUUCCCAGAUGACACUGCCAAUCAGCCCAACCUCAAACUCCUGGCUAUGGCAAAGCUCUGGAAGAAGCAGCAGCAGGAGAGCAAAGCUGCAGCCAUGGAUCCUGACAAGGACAUUGAUGAAAGCCAGACUUAAUACCUUGCCUUUUCCCACCCUUUUCCUGGGCUAUUGUACAGUAUUUUCAUUGGUGAUAAAUAAAUGUAUUUGCAGAGUUUCAGUAAAAAAAACAACAAACAAAAACAAACAAACAAAAAACUAUAAAAAACUCCAAUACAAAACAAACAAAAAAAACCCAGAACUGCAGUGGCCAAGCUGUGUUGGGGCAUAAGUCCUGUGGCUGGACAGUGUCCAGGCAGAAAGGGACCUGGGGGUACUGGUCAACAGCUGACUGAACGUGAGCCAGCAGUGUGCCCUGGUGGCCAAGAAGGCCAAUGGCCCCUGGCCUGUGUCAGGAAUGGUGUGGCCAGCAGGAGCAGGGAGGUCAUUUUGCCCCUAUACUUGGCACUGGUGAGGGCACACUUUGAGUGCUGUGUCCAGUUCUGGGCCCCUCAGUUUGGGAAGGACGUUGAGACACUCGAGCACAUCCAGAGUGGGCAACGAGGCUGGAGAGGGGCUGGGAACACAAACCCCGUGAGGAACCACUGAGGGAGCUGGGGGUGUUUAGCCUGGAGAAAAGGAGACUCAGAGGUGACCUUAUCACUCUCCACAACUCCCUGAAAGCUGUCUAUGGUCAGGUGGGGGUUGGUCUCUUUCUCCAAGCAGCACUGACAGAACCAGAGGACACAGUCUCAAGCUGCACCAAGGGAAAUUUAGGUUGGAUAAUUGGAAAAAGUCUUUCCACUGAAAGAGUGAUAAAGUUCUGGAACGGCCUGCCUGGGGAGGUGGUGGAGUCACCAUCCCUGGAUGUGUUCGAAAAAAGACUGGGUGUGGCACUCAGUGCCAUGGUUUAGUUGAGGUGUUGGGGCUGGGUGGGGCUUGAUGAUCUUGAAGAUCUCUUCCAACCUAGUGAGUCUGUGAAUUCUGUUUUUGCAUAUGGAGUAACUUUCUGAACUCCACUUGUGAUCUUUUCUGUGCAGGAGCUUGAGUGUGAUUUCAGAAUGAGUAUGCCUAGCUCUUUAUUGUCCUAAUUAUUUUAUCUCACUGCUGAGCUGCAGAUCUGGCUGUGUCUAGCUUUUUUUAGCACCUAGGCCUAAAACAGGCAGUGAGGUUUAAAUGAAACCUAAGCCAUGUAUCUGAGAAAACAAAUCACAGGAAUGAAGCUUUUUCAAGUAAUAGAGAAAAAGGUGAGAUGAGUGGAAGCAAAACAGAGAGCUGCAGGGGUUGUUUGCCCAGCACAUUUUGGUUGCCACACAAUUAAAUCAGUUUGUUUCCUUCAGCCCUGAGUGUCCCAGGGGAGCUGUGAUGGCUCCAGCCCCUUGUGGUGCAUGCUCUCGUUGUGUGCUGUGGCCACGGUUUCAGAGCCCACCCAGCCAGAUCAAGGCUCCCUGUGCUCCCAGUUUUCCUUAUGCUGACACUUUGGGAAGGCAGGCAGAGCAGCAGGAAUGAAGCUGUUCUAGACAAAAAAUGCAGCUGAGUUUCUUGCCUUGCACAUUUAUGGCAGCCGUGGCCGACAGAAGUGUUUGACAUUAGGAUCAAGUCGCUGUUUAUUUUGUUUGUGUAUAAUUUGCUGUUCCUUCUGUCUUGGCU